AUGGAUUUCAUCAUCAGAUCGAGAGCAAACAAAGCUAUUGUGGAAAAGGGACCUACACCUUUAUACGCCGAAGAGCUCAAACUUUCAUUAGCUAAAUACAAAGAUUUACAGGAUCUGUGUAACAAAAAUGUGAUUCCAAACAGAUACCAUCAAGAAUAUUUAAGUAUGAAGCAUGAUGAAAACGUACGUGAUGCUUUAGCUGAAACAGAUGAAGAUGAGGAGAAUUAA